CAUAAAUUUAUUAUCAAUUAUUUUUUAUAGCUUAAGAAUAAUCUAGAAAAUUCAAAAUGUUUAGAAAUCAUUACGAUAGCGAUGUUACCGUACUUAGCCCACAAGGGCGCAUACAUCAAAUUGAAUAUGCCAUGGAAGCUGUCAAACAAGGAAGCUCAACUGUUGGGGUUAAAAAUAAAACUCAUGCUGUUAUAGCUGCCUUGAUGAGAAGUACAUCUGAACUUUCCUCACAUCAAAAAAAGAUUUUUGAACUUGAUGACAAUUUGGGUGUCUCAAUAGCCGGAUUAACUGCAGAUGGAAAAAUUUUAACCAAAUACAUGCUCAAUGAAUGCUUGAUGUUUCGUUAUGAUCAUACCAACCCUAUGCCAAUCGAAAGACUAGUCAGAAAAGCUUGCAAUAAAAUGCAGGUAAACACCCAGAGAUAUGGCAGAAGACCUUAUGGUGUAGGCUUGUUGGUAUGUGGUUAUGAUAGUGUCGGCCCUCAUGUUUUUCAAUUGUGCCCAUCUGCAAAUUAUUAUGAUUGCAAAUCAAUGGCUAUUGGUUCCAGGUCGCAAGCUGCCAGGACUUAUUUGGAAAAGUACACUAAAGAGAUAAAUCAAAGUGAUUAUAAUUGUUUGAUUGAACACGCCAUAAAAGCUCUAAAAGAAACCUUGCCUAGUGAAAUGGAAUUGAAUGACAAAAAUUGUCAGAUUGGUAUCGUGGGAAGAGAAACAUCAUUUCAUAUGUUUUCGAAAGACGAUGUCAAUAAACACGUCGCUUUGGCUCUGAAAGAUUUACAGGAAAGUAAGGUGGCUGCCCAAACUUUAAAAACUCCCAUUACCGUUGACAUCGACAUGCCUCGGCUAGGAACAAGUGACGAACAACCACCUGAUAUAUGGAGAAACAAUGCAUUAAAAUUUGACUGAAGAUUGUCUAAAGUCAGUGCCUAUACUUUCCGAGAGAGCACCCUCAACCUCCCUAAAAUUACAUCUCCCAUUGAAAAGAAUACACGGCUCUAAAAUUAUUUUUUAACUCCUAACCUCAAUUACAAUAAUUUUUA